AUGAAGGCAUCUUUGAUCACUGCAUUCCUUCUCCCCCUUCUCGCCCUUGCGAGCCCGUAUCUCCCAACAGACCCCCCAGCCAACAUUGAAGUCACAGCACGACACCCAGGCCGAGAGCAUGUCGACAAGCUGCCAAUGCAGGCUGCCGGCCGGGCCUUCUGGCUAGGCGGCUCUCCAGCAACUUACUGCCCAGAAAUCGUCGGUGAUAACUGCCCACCAGGAAACGCUACCGUCAUCCUUGGACUGAACAGCUUGAGCGUGCUUGUCCCCGGUGGCCAGCAGAUGUACGUCGAGCCCAGCGGAAAGCUCGGCUUCACCCAGGCACACUCCGCAGCCAUUCCGCCAGGAUCAUACGUCGGCGGCUUUACCUACAAGCCUCUCAACAAGAAAUCCGGCAGCUUCUACUUCGGCGGCUGGGGUGCCACUGCGCUGAUGGCUUGCCCUGUCCCAGACUCGAAGUACUACCAGGUUUUCGCCAACAUCAAGAACGCCAUGGUCCCAGGUGGAGACGUCAAGAAGUGUGUCGAGUUCGUUGGAGUUGCAAAGGAGUACAAGGGUACUACUCCUGGUGCCUGGCAGUAUACUUAAACGUCCUGUCCAAUUAAUCUGGUGGUAAUCUAUUAUUUGUUUGGACUUCUUUGACUCGAAGCAAAAUUUCUUUCGGGUAUCCAUAUUGUGUUGCUUCUCCUUCUGUUGCUGCCAGAUGCAGGGCUGUUAGCUUGUACAUAUCUAAUGAGACCACGACGCUUCUUCAUCUCUUGAUCUCGUCAGACUGUCUCUUGUUAUCUUCCGAUAUCCCCCAAUCCUCUUCGUCGUCGUCGUCGUCGUUGAUAGGAAAGAGAGAGAAAAGCCGGAAGUUGUCCGUUUCCCUUUUGAGAAAAAG